AUGUGGACGUACAUGAUUGCCAUCGGGCUCGCACUCCUGCAGGUUGCCGGUGCCUGUGAGUCUUAUGGUAUCGACUUCAAAGACAGAGGAGACUAUUUCAUCAACAUCAAAUCCAACGAAUCUUUCACCGCCAUAUCAGAAUUCUACAACUGUCAGGAGCCUGCUCGUGCCCUUUUGAUCACUCCCAAGAAUCAAACAAUCUUCUGCUCGGACGUUGCAACUUCGCCUGAUUACACUGAUGAGACUACGACUUGCCCUAUCUUGAAGAACCAGAUGUACUCUGGUGACUGGACGCUCCUGCUUCUUGACAACAACGGCAAUGCUAGCACUUUCAAUGCCAAACGUCGCUUGCAUCUCAGUGUUGGCGAGCAAGCGACUUCGAUUAUCAUUCCUACCAUAACUCUGAGCGUUACUCAAACUCCCACAUCCACUGUGAAUGCUACAAUCACGGAUUUGGAGUCUACAACAAUUUUGCCUUCAUCGGUUACCAGUCUUGCUAGCAAUGCAGUAACGCAGACGGUAUACUCCUAUCCACCUCGCGAGACUAUCACAAAAUCGUCGACAGCAACGGUCACACGUACCAGCACAAGAUUCACCUACACUAUCAAGACAUACACAGAGACCGAGAUCUGCGCAGUUGUUUUCGCAGCCAAGGAGGCAGAUCCUACAGCUGAUGCUGGCCUCCUUGCCAUUGCCCAGGCUGCCAUUGCCUCAGCAAGCGCAACCCCAGCUCCCGCUCGUCGCGCCAGAAUCAGACGCGAUAUCACUAAAGUUCUGCAAGUUGAGAGACGCAACAUAGCCAAUCUUGCCAAACGCACACCUGAUAGCGCUGCCGUUCUUUCAACAGACACCAACACUGCCCAUUGGGAAUCCGUGACAACCAGCUUUACGGCUGUACCUGUCACCCACACAGCAUACACAACUGUGGAAAGCACGACAACAAUCACACCAGCACCCAUCACCAUCGUCGCAACCGGCACCACAGUCACCAAGACCGCACCAACAUAUACUCGUACGAUCACCAGACGAACAACCACAACCUCCAAGGUCACAAAGGUCGUCACUGCAACUCUCAGCAUCACCAGCUGGGUGCCUGGUUCAAACUGUUUCUAG